CCUCUCCACAAGAGUACACCAAUCAAAACGGAAGUGUGGUCCAUCUGGUACCGUCAUGCGGGUGUUCUUCUUCCUCUCGCUGUUCACAGCCACCGCCAACGCCGCUUGUAGUCGCGACUCGACUGCUCUGACAUCCGACUGCUCGCAAUGCUACCAAGGUCGCCCUUGCAUCGCCUUCGCUGCGGAUGCGUCGUGCAACGCCACCACCUUCGGAACGUGCGUCAAUAACGGGAACUCGUCCAGCGGCUCAGCCGAGGACUCGUGCGCCUUCGAGUGUUUUACCAACGGACCCAGCGACUUUGCCGCCAAUGGGGCCGUGGAGUUUACAGAAUACGUCUUCUUUAUUCCUUACGGGGAUGUAGAGAGCAAGUGGGAGGCGAGCUGGACGAGCUCUCAGGCGAGUACAGUGGACUCGCAAUUGGAGAGCGAAGCGGAUGAGACGCAGCUGCAUCCUAGCGAAUCCAAUUUAGUGUUCGAGGACAUUGAACCGCUAACGUUCCAGUCAGAGACGACGACGGCAGUGUUUGUCGGGGGGACGAGUGUGUGGGGAGUGAGAGGAAAAGUGUCGCAAGUGAAAUUAAGCCCACAGUUCCUGUCAGCGAAUACGCAGCUAACAAAUAUGUACGUGGUUGGAUCUUAUUUUACUAUAUUUCUCUAA